UUUAUCCUAUUUAAUACCUAGGAUGAAGAUCGAACAGAGGAGGACAACAGCAGAGUUGAGCCUGUUGGACACGCAGACACUGGCUUGGAGAACAAUACCAAUUUUUCCCUGGAUGAUAUGGUAAAGCUCGUAGAAGUCUCCAACGACGGUGGGCCUUUGGGAAUCCAUGUAGUGCCUUUCAGUGCCCGAGGUGGAAGAACCCUGGGGCUACUAGUAAAGCGACUGGAGAAAGGUGGAAAAGCUGAACAAGAAAAUCUUUUUUGUGAGAAUGAUUGUAUUGUCAGGAUUAAUGAUGGAGACCUUCGGAAUAGGAGAUUUGAACAAGCACAGCAUAUGUUUCGCCAAGCCAUGCGUACGCCAUUCAUUUGGUUCCAUGUGGUCCCUGCAGCAAACAAAGAACAAUACGAGCAAUUGUCCCAAAGCGAGAAGAACAUGUACUACUCCAAUCGGUUCAGCCCCGAUUCCCAGUAUAAUGACAGCAAAAAUAUUCACAAUUCUGGACUUCACACGUUACAAAGAAUGUCUAGAGCGGGCAACCAGUCUGAUCAGACCGAGUCCUACUCGCAGCUACCUCACAGUCUGAAUUCAUCAGGGAAACCACCAUCGGGCCUGGUACCGUCACCUCAGAAAGUCCUCACCUCCACUGUAAACAGCGGAUAUAACACCAAAAAGAUAGGGAAGAGGCUCAGUAUACAGCUAAGAAAAGGUAAGGCACCGGUGCAUUUCUCAUAUACUGUAAGAUGUAUGGGUGUGGUGUAUGUCCUUGUGUCCAGUGCCAUUGUAUUAGGCGUGGCACUUUGCAGUAGUAUAGGAAUGGCAAUGGAUUUAUUUCUGAAACACAGAUGCUACUGGCAUUCUCAAGCCAAAUGGUUGCGUUGUCCCCAACAACAGUCUUGCAUUCAGUGCGUGCAACAUAUUUACAGAAGACCAUUUUUGAGAGGGCUGUGACAUUAUUUCCUAUCU